GUAAUUAUUAUGCCUUUAAUGUCAUACUAUUAGUCAGUGGCUGCAGUCACUGGGCUGCAGCUAGUGAUCAUACACACUAUGAUGUCAAAGGCACUUCACUGGUUUCUGUCUAUUCCACUUUGUGGCUUCUAUGAUGAUAUAAAAGUGGUAGACAGUAAGAGCUGAAUUUAUUGCAACAGAGAAACAGCUAUGGGAUCAGGGCUACUAACAGUAAUUAUACUGGCAAUGCUGAGUACAUGUUCUACAAAUGGACUAUCGCUUUCUGAUCUGUACCCAUAUGGUACAGAACAUGGGGAUGGCAUGCGUACUGGGUCUAGUGUUCCUGCAGCACCAUUAUUGGCCCCAAUUGAUAAUUUAGUUGCAUUUGGUCCAGUUGGAAUUAGAGCAACAAGAUACAGAGUUAGAGUUGAAGGGUACAUGCAAAUUCAAAAUGAUGGUUCAGAUAGCCUCCUUUUGCUUAUACUCAGCUCAGCUUCAGGUGCUUAUUUCAAUAAUAAAGUAUAUGGUAGGACUACUGAUGAUCCAGGAUUAAUAAACAGAGCAAUGGAUCAGAUUAAUGAAGGAUUUCCUAAUACUUUCUGCAGUACAUCUCUUCCUACACAAUUAAUAAUAGGAACAUGGAUAGAUUAUCUAAAAACUGGGCAGUAACUUCCAGCUAAUUGUUGUAACUAAUGGAAGCAUUACAUUUGGUAUUGCUCUUUAUGUCGAUGUGAGCAUUACAUCAGCUCAAACUGAAAUAAGUUCAAUCAUUAAUAGUAAUUUUACAACAGCUGAUCCUUCUUUCUUUCCAUUUGGUACUACAGUCAUGAAUGCUCCUAGCAUGAUGCUUAAUAGCAACAUACCAGAGACAUAUAUAUUUUCACUGAAUGAUAUACCACCCCCAGAUACUUGCAGUUCUGUCUGCUAUUCUUGUAAGGCCAGACUUGUUUAGUUGGCAUGUGAGGCUAGGAGGAUUAAUGGAGAAGAUGUACCAGCUUCUUGUAAUAACUAAUACCAUUCCUUUUUUAUUCUGUUUUGCUGUGAUCAAAUUGUUUUUAAGUAGUGAAUUAUAUACUUUAACAGUGAGAUUAGUGAUAAUAGUUUUUAUUAAUAUUUUUGUAACAAAUAAAU